AUCCAUUUUCCGCGUUUUAGAGAGAGCAAAUCUGGGCGAUUUUCGCGACCGGCGGUUUACGCAUCGGGAAAUUUUUGCCGGCGAAUUUCCGGCAUCGAAUUGACCGUUUCUUCUCUUCUUCGACGCAUCUAUUUCUCUCCUGCAACAUACUCAGGAAUCAUUCCAUUUCACCGGAGGAGUCGGCGUCAAUCAAAGUUUGAAGAUUUUGCGAAAUUUGGAAAAAAAUCUCCAUUUUCGCCGCGAGAUCUUCGCCCUUCGGGGAGGUCUUCUAGCGGUCCUCUGAGGUUUCUGAGAGGUUGCUGAUGCUUCUUCUAGGGUCACUGAAGCACGAGUCACAACUCUUGGAUCGAUCUACACUUUCAGGCGAAAAACGGUUAGUUCUUCCUUCGAUUAACCUCUGGUAGCGGCGACAACAACAGAUCAUCAUCAGGCAGAUUAAGAUCUGAUCGAUUAACUCUCACUUCUCUCCAGAAACAGAUAGAGUGACUAAGGUUAGAGAAGAGCUGGAGUCCUCACAGGAGGCGCAGUCCUUGAAGGCCACCGCGGCCGGAAACGGCCAGAUCCGGUACCGAUCUCCAUCAGCAGCGGAACUUCUUGAGGGGCAGUCCUUGGUAUUGCCGUCACUUCCAACUGUGGCAGAUCAGGACCAUCACAAUCAAUUAGACAAAAUGCUGAAGCGUAAUCGACAAUCCGAGUCACUCUCCGAUAUGAUCCACCGUUUCCGAGGCGUUAUAAUGCUUAUUUCAGUCUCUAUCCUACUCGUCUUCUUUGUUAUUUUCUUGAUGCCUUCCAAUUCUCCCUCCGAUUCCAUCGAAUCCUUAUCUAGCCGCAAGGUUGCAGCCAAUUAUGUCAAUGUCCGCAGUGGCUCCAAGCGUUAUGCUGUGAUCUUUGAUGCUGGCAGCUCUGGUAGCCGUGUGCAUGUAUUUUGCUUUGAUAAACACUUGGAUCUGGUACCUAUAGGAAAAGAUCUCGAACUUUUCAAACAGUUAAAGCCCGGUCUAAGCAAUUUUGAGAAAGAUCCAAAGGCUGCUGCAGACUCUCUUAAGCCUUUAUUAGAGGAUGCAGUAAAUGUUAUACCCAGAGAGUUGCAUAGAAGUACACCAGUCCGAGUUGGGGCAACUGCAGGUCUGAGGCAAUUACAAGGUGAUGCAUCAGACAAAAUCUUGCAAGCGGUUAGAGACUUUUUGAGAAAUAAAAGCGGCUUAAAAUCCAAUGAUGGUUGGGUCACUGUUUUGGAUGGAAACCAGGAAGGUGCUUAUCAGUGGGUAACCAUAAAUUAUCUUCUAGGAAAUCUGGGUAAAUCAUAUGCUAAUACAGUUGGAGUAGUUGAUCUGGGUGGAGGAUCUGUGCAAAUGGCUUAUGCUAUAUCGGAGUCAGAUGCUGCAAAAUCUCCUAAAGCAUCAGAUGGAGAGGAAACAUAUGUGAAGGAAAUGUAUUUACAAGGAGUGAAGUACCACCUUUAUGUUCACAGUUACUUGAACUAUGGCUUAUUAGCUGCUCGAGCAGAGAUUCUGAAGAAGAUUGAAGGUGGUUCUGGCAGCCCAUGCAUCCUGGCGGGUUAUCAAGGUCGUUACAAUUAUGGUGGAGAAUCCUUUGAAGCAUCAGCUUCAACAUUUGGUUCAAGUAUUAACGAGUGUAAGAACUUAGCUUACAAAGCUCUCAGGGUUGAAGAGAUUUCUUGUAAGUAUAUGAAGUGUACAUUUGCUGGGAUUUGGAAUGGUGGGGGUGGUGAUGGGCAGAAGAAUCUAUUUGUUGCCUCAUUUUUCUUUGACAGGGCUGCUGAGGCCGGUUUUGUUGAUCCAAACGCAGCCGCGGCUAGAGUCCGGCCUGUAGAUUUUGAGGAUGCAGCUAAGCGUGCUUGUCAGACAACAAUGGAGGAGGCUAGAUCUGUAUAUCCACGCGUUGAAAAGGAUAACCUCCCAUACUUGUGCUUGGAUCUUGUGUACCAAUACACAUUACUUAUUCAUGGAUUUGGUCUGCAGCCUUUGCAAGAGAUUACACUGGUCAAGAAAAUUGAAUAUAAAAAUUCCUUAGUUGAAGCAGCAUGGCCACUGGGUAGUGCGAUUGAAGUGAUGUCAUCAUUAGUGUAACUCCAGACAUAAAUAUUAUUUUUUGGGUGAGUAGAUCAACUGGAUGCUACUUAUAUGUUGGCAUCGGUGUUCUGAACAGAUCAUCAUUUCUUGAUUUUGCUUGGACCAAUACUUAUUUUUUGGGAUCAGUUCAGAUUUUUCGAAAACUAAUCAACCUUGAAUAUAAAUGAACUCCUCACGAUUAUGC